UAAGUUAAACAAGUUUUAAAUUAUGGCAACAUUGUCAAAUCUCAAUCGAAAAAAUUUCCCUGACGUUCGCACACAAGUGUAAUUUUGUGCAUUUUGUUUUCAUUUCACAGCGAUAUAAAGUCGGGGAAUAUACUAAAGUGUAUUAAAAAUUACUUGAGUUGAUCAAAAUAAUAAUACAAUACCAAAGGAUAUUUAUAAAAAUUAAUGAUGAGUGGAGAAAUCACUAUCGUUGGGCAAGUAGAUGCUAUUGAAAAUACAAUGCAAUUUGAUGCUGACUCUUCAAGUUCGGGUUCUCCUGUACCUACAUAUUUAACAACGCCACAACCUACCAAUAGCGCAAUAGCAAAAGAAACUCAUCCUUCUUCUAACAUUAGCAAUAAACGACAAGUAUUGCGAUUUCAUCCAUAUCAUGGCGCUAACAUAAUUUUGUACCAAGAUAAUACAGUUGCUUAUCGAAAAGCAAGCUUUGCCGAUGCAGUUACUUUCUCUGAAAAACCCCUACAGCCUGGCGAAAUAUUUUUGGUUGAAAUCGAAAAAAAUGAACGUGGUUGGUCUGGCCAUAUUAGAUUAGGUUUGACGAAAUUGCAACCUAAUGUCAUUGGCUCCAUGUCGGAGGGAUUGCCACAGUUUGCAUUACCCGAUUUGGCUAACUUAGGAACUAGUUGGAUUUAUCCCAUUUCAAAAUUCGAGUCACAUGCUCCUUUGCCUCCCGAUAAUAACCCUGUGCGAUUAAUAGGCUCGAGUUCUUUAUAUACAAUACCACCACUUAUUCAACCAUCGCCAGGUUCAGAAGAAGAUGAGCCAGUUAAAAAACAGAGAAAUAUACUAGGAAAUUCCAUGUAUGUACGUACACCGAUCGGGAUGAUUCCAAAACGUUUAUUGCGACCUGCUGUUGAUAACGGAGAUGGCAAUUCUGGUAUUUUGCUUACCGAUAAAGGCUCACGCAUUGGCGUUGUGUAUGUACCUACAGAAUCAGAUAAAGAUAAAGGUGAAAUGCAUUUUAUUAUUAAUGGGGUCGACCAAGGUCCAUGCACCAAGGAUAUACCCAUGGACAAUUCUCCACUCCAUGUAGUCAUAGAUGUAUAUGGCACAACAAAACAAAUUCGAAUCAUACAGCUUUACGAAAUAGUUUCUCUACAAAAUGCUUGCCGAGAUGAAAUUCUACUGCACACAAGACCACAAAAUAUCGAUAAUUUGCCACUUCCUGAACGACUUAAGAACUUUCUUCGCCGUAAUGACUAGAUAGGAAAGAAAGCCGUAUAAUAUAAGCAAAAUUUAGCGUCUAUAUGCUUGCAUAGAAGGUACGUGGUUCAUAUAUCGAAAUAAUACAACAAACAUAAUUGGAAAAGAGAUUUGCGAUGAUAUGUUGUUAAAAACUUUUGUUACAUCGAUCUUCACAUGUAAGAAGAUGAUAGUGUUUGAAUACGGCUUCGAAUGGGAUGUGGGAUAGCAGACAUUUUUUGUGAAGAUUGAAAGAAAGCUGACUAUAUUGAACGUUUUGUUUAUUGUUGACAAUGAUGGGACCAUAAUCUAUAACAUUCGCCUGUAUUUCAAAUGGGCAUAGUUUAAAUAAAAAAAAUUAACAUACAAAAAUAUUUAUACACAAAUAUUAAUUAAAUAUGUAGUAGUUUAUGCAUUACAAAAUAUGUUUAUAGUAGAAAAGGUAGUUCAUAAAACUGGAUUUUAUUUACGAAAUUUAAUGCAACUUAAAUGAAUCGUUGUAUUCACAAAGAAAAAGUAUCACAUUCUAUUGUAAAUGAACAACAAAUUGGCGUACAUUUACUAAAAAAUAUAAGUAUUGUGCUAUUUUUUUUAGAAAGGUGCAGUACAAAAAAAAAUUGUCUCCAGCUAAUGCACACAUUCGUAUUUACUUAUAUACUUUAUACCUUUAUAAUAAAACAUUGCAUAUAAAGAAACAGAUAAGAAGUUAACCUUAUCUUUGCACAAUGCUCUAACUAAAUAAAAGACAUUAAUCAUUUCAAAUUUUUACUUUUUGUAUACAUUCAUACAUACUUACAUGCAAUGUCGUGCGUUUAUGUAUUCUUAAUAUUAAUAUUACUAUAUGUUUUCAUUAAAUAAAAAGCUUGAUGAAUUUAAUUGUUGAAAUUUUCUAUACUAAGGGUUCCUUCGAAAAUAUUAACAGAGAACAUAAAAUACAAGACAAAUUUACACACGGCAGUAGUAUAGAUAUUAUAUUAUUUCAUCAUGGGUAGUACAAAGAGUAUGAAAACAAAAGGCCUAUGUAUUUUGUUUGUGUAAUAGUAGUUUCGAAUAGUCAAUGUAUUUGGUUGGUGUAAUAAAAAGUUCGUAACGU